GCCGGAGUCCUGUGUACAGCCUGGUGGACCUGCUGGCUGUGUGGCUGGACACACCCCAGGCAUCCUGUGGAGGUCCUGUGGAGGUCCUGUGGAGGUCCUGUGGAGGGAGCCACUGUCUGCCAUAUUCUUCGUCUGUCCUACAGUUGCAGGAAGGUCCUGAUGUCUGCUACGAGCUACAUUAAUCUGCGUCAGUGCUGAGCAUCUGAAGAGUUCCUGAUGUCUGCUACGAGCUACAUUAAUCUGCGUCAGUGCUGAGCAUCUGAAGAGGUCCUGAUGUCUGCUACGAGCUACAUUAAGCUGGGUCAGUGCUGAGCACCUGAAGAGUUCCUGAUGUCUGCUGCGAGCUACAUUAAGCUGGGUCAGUGUUGAGCAUCUGCGAGGGGCAUGAAGCACUCAAGUAAAGGCUGUUGGCUACGGCGCUUCUGUGGCUCCUGACGCCGGGGGAUGAAGGGGACGACUGCUAGGUGCUGGCGACGCCCGUCCUGCUUCCUAGGGGUGGCGCCCUUCUAUGUCAAGGCUCCUAAAUUCAUCGGCGAGCGAGUGUUGUAUCCGACGAAGCCCAAAGGUUCCGUGCAGAAGGUCCCUAUACUCGGAGGGACACCAAUCACUGCCGACACUGCCCUAGAACUGCGGAGACAGGUGUUUGGUUCUUCGGAACUGAUGGGGUCGACGGAGAGCGAGUGGCUGGGCCAAUCCUUUUGUUUCAACGACGCCGAUACUGCCCAGGGAUACAGCCUCAAGAUGUCCAAGGCGAGCUCGAAAGGCCUGGCCAUGUGUGUCCAGGGGUUCGUCCUCAAACACUUGCUCUUCUCAAGGAGAGGCCCCAGGGUGGUGGCUGAUCCCUCCUCGCUACUACGGGCGACAGCGAAGGCGCAGGAAGAGGCACUGGCGGGGGCCCUCAGUGAUAUCCUGUGGAAGGCCGGAGAGCGGCAACACGCCGUUCUGUGCCUCACACAGGAGAACGUCUACGUCAAAGACUUCCCAUCCUAUCAAUCCGACGGUUGCACCGAGAGGAUUCACAUCUUCGAAUUCAAAAAACAAGAUGAACUAACCUUCAACCUUAAGAAGUAUCUUUUCGAGUUUCUGGCAGAGGAUGGAAACGGCCUGCUUCUCUUCCUGUACAGUGUGGUGCUCUCUCGUGAACCACACAAGAUAGUUGAGGACAUGGACGGGGAGGAGCAAAGUUUGUUGCAGAGUAACGGGACGAUUCAUCCGUGUCUAGCCACCCUGCUGCUGACCGGCCGGGCUACACACUACCUCCACAACGGCAUCAUCUAUGAAGGCUCCGAGGACUCCAUGGCGAAGGCCAAGACGGGCAUAGUGACACGAGCGGAGGUGGGACUGCUGGUGUGGAGGCGGCAAGAGGACGGGGCUCAGACCACUGUCGGGUCCCGUCUCAAGACACCGUCCCUUCCUGUCUGGGUCACACGCUGCAACGACUCCUACGGCAUCCUCUUCAACCCCAAUAAGGAGCUCACACGUGAUUACCACGCUGAGAACAGGUUCGACCUCCAUUACUACUCCUCUAACGCCAACCAGACGACAGUUACCAUAAUAACCAUCGACACGCGUAACCACACCAACAGAGACGAGUUCCACUCACCGCCCCUGGAGAACCUCAUUCAUACCAAGUGGCAAGGAGCAGAAGUUAAUUGGAACGGAUCGGCGCCCUACGUGUAGAGUAGAGACCCCAAAAGGAGUCCUGGUCGCGCCCUUCGUUUAGAACCGAGAGCCCAGCAGCAGGCCUGGUCGCGGCCUACGCUUAGAACCGAGACCCCAGCAGCAGGCCUGGUCGCGUCCUACGCUUAGAACCGAGACCCCAGCAGCAGGCCUGGUCGCGUCCUUCGCUUAGAACCGAGACCUCAGCAGCAAGCCUGGUCGCGCCCUACGCUUAGAACCGAAAUCUCCUCAGCAUGAGCCUUUGUAGCGCUCUAUGCUUGGAACCGAGACUCCUGUAGGAGCCCAAUGUGGCCUUACUUCUUGCGUUGGGACAUGUUAUCUUAUUUCAUCUCUCUUCCGCAUUAGACAUCUCCCGAAUCCUCUGUUAUGUCUACUCUUCCCACAGCUGCGUGUCUUUCUCGCUUACCGUUAGCUUUCCUGUUGCUCUUUAUUUGUCCUAGAGGCCUCUAUACUUGUCCCAUGUGUGUUUAUGCUAAUAUUGUUUAUUCCCUCCGACAGCCACUGCUUCUGCUGCUGGCUUCUAUUCUUACACAGUUUCCCUGUUUUACAUAUUUCUCUCACUGUUGAAGAAAAUGUACAUUAGACAGUUCAGUAUAAGUAGCUACAGAAAACAUGAUCGACCGAACUUCGGCUUUCCCUGUCGUCUGAUCGGUUCAGCAACGGCCUCGAUUUUUUGCAGGGUUAGACCUCGAUCCUCGACAGUCGAAGUGGUUGGGCACUGAUCUUCUACUCCGUCCUUACGUUUACCAGCUCAGCUCUUAGUGUGUCCCCAUAUGCCUUCCAAAUGCCGGGUAGUCAUAAGAAGCGCUUUCUUCUCGUAAUUAAUUACAUUACCUAACCUUAGGCCAAAAAUCUGUAUUUGCAAGGAAAACCUGUAUUAACUAGUCAUCCAUAACGCAAGUAGGAAAAUUUGUGUAAAGAGGUUAAGUGAAAGUGAAUGAACGUUGUAUAUUCAUGUCAAUGUACUAUGUACAGAAAAUAUGAAUAAUAAAAAUCUUAGAAUACAACAUUGUCGCUUUACUCUGAUAGAAAUUGAACGGGAAAAUCAGGUUCUGAAGUUUUCAUAAGAAUGAAAAGAAAAAUAGUUAUGUUUUCUUGGAGGGAAAUAAAUCAGCUCGCCUGUGAACAUAUCCAGAAGAACGACUACAAAGUGGAAUUACUUAGCAAGCUUGAACUGGUUUACACAUAUUAGUUAAGUUACACAGUGCUUGGUAUUAAUUUAUCACGUUAAUGAAUGCUCCUUCAUAUAUACCACGGGACGUACUACGCCCUUUAUUAAUUCAUAUCUAAAAUUUCAUUUGUUCAGCCUGGCAGUGCAUAGCUUUGAUGCUCUUUAUUAAUGUAUUGUAAUUAACAAUCAAUAUAUGUGGGGGAAAGUUAUACAAGAGAAUUCAAAUUAGAUUCCAUAUUCUCUGCUCUUUAAAUUCAUCAAUGAUUACCCUUUUUGCCUCUAACGACGCAGAAGUUAUUUUACAUUCUUAAUUUACCUCCACUAGUAUUGGACAGAAGAUUUAAAAUGCUGAGUUGAAGAUAUUAUUGAACAGAGUAAUCGAAAUGUUUUUUUAAAGCAAUUUGGACGUCCUUAUCUAGUUUUCGCUUACAAAGUAAAUUAAAAUUAUGUUCCAGGCAGUUUCGGUCAGAAUGAAUUCAAGUUUGAUUUUAUAUUUUGCAAUGGUUGCUUCUACUGUAUAAGCUGCAGAUAUAGCACUGUAUAUGUUGCAGAUAUAUCACUGUAUAUGCUGCAGAUAUAUCACUGUAUAUGCUGCAAUAGUCGUUUCUAUUGUAUGGGUAUCUAUGCAACGCUUGUAUCUACUGUAUUCGCUGUAGAUAUAUUACCGUAUUGCUGCAUCUCUUGUAUCUACUGUAAAUGCUGAAGAUAUAUAUCAUCGGUUUCUUUUUAUUUGUUUUGUAUCGCUGCAUCUUUCAUUGUAAUAAAUCAGCCCAUCGUCUUACAAUGAAAGUACUUAUAGUAACUAUUUGGAGGAGGGGGGGGGAUAACUCUCUCUC